GAUGGGUUCGAGCUCCGAUCUGAGACCACUAUCGACAGCCACAACUCACCCCGCGUUCUACUCUCUAUAUAUAAACGUCAUUCAUCAGCACUUCACUUCAACUUGAUCAAUCUCACCUCUAAUUUUUCAUACCAACACACAAAAGUAAUUCCAAAAUACUUGAAAUUUCAAAACCAAACAUUCAAAAAUGGCCGACCAAACCUUUCCAAUUCGCUUAGCCCAGACCCUGGGACUCACAACUCAAGGCAGUAAGUCCCCUGUCAACACCCAAGAAACGCAUCCACUUAGUAAAAGUACAUACUAAACUCCCCUCAGUCGUAGCCGGCCUCUCACUCUCCUACUCCAUCAUCGCCGUCCCCCGCCUCCUAGAAUCCCCCACACCCCUCAUGCUCAAGCAAUGGGCCGCCAUGUACAACACGGGCAAACUCUUCAUGCCACCACUCUCCCUCCUCUCCGCAUCCACCUUCUUCUACCUCGCCUCGCAAUUCCGUAACGUGCCUUCUGCGCUCGCCGCGCAGAAGUACUGGAUGUUCAUUGCGGCGGGGUUCUUGGCGGGUGCGCAGGUCCCGUAUACGGUGCUGCUGAUGAAGGGCACGAAUGGCAGUCUGAUGCAGAAGGAGAAGGAGGUUAGGAACUUGAAGUCUGGGGAUAAGAUUGUGGAGAUUGGGUUGGGGGAGAAGGAGAGUGCGCAUGAGCUUGUGGAUUGGUGGGCGGUGCUGAAUUUGGGGAGAUGUGCGUUUUUGACGGCGGGGUUUGUGGUUGCUACUUGGAAUGUUGUUAAUUGAGGAUACUCAUUUCUAUUGUACAUAAAAGAUGUGGGGUUUGGUCUGGUUUUGGUUUUGGUAAGGGAGGAGAUCUGAUAUACUCGGUUCAAGGUGUCGAUAUAUUGAAUGAUAAUAAAAGACAAAAAAACAGUCUAGCAGUAUUUAUUUGGUCAAAGCAAUGUUUCCCAAUCUCAACA